GAUACACGUGCAUGUGGGAUUAUCGAAUACCAAAUCCCUUAGACGCCCAUCUCCUCGCUGGUUGCACGCGGACGUGCCCACUGCCCAUAGCCUUUCAAGUCUCUCUGCCACUAUGCACCACUUAUUAGCCGCUCUGCGCGACCUACUCUCUAGCGCAUUCCCUUGUCUUUCCCCCUCACAUAGAGCCAUGUCCUCCCCCAACGAUGUCCUCUACUUUCCCAAGGAAGAAUUCAUCUACAACGUGACUGGAUGGGCGGGGUUCGUCCUCUUCACCCCCACCCCCUCAGAGGACCGCCCGCGCAUCGCCAGCAUAGAACACUGCAAGCGGAAGCGCGGCGUCUUCCACGAGUUUCUCAUCAUCCAGUUCGAGUACCCCGUUCUAGGCGCUCCCCCGCUCACCGUGCCCAUCAUCGUCGAGCGCACGAUCGAGACCAGCCGGCUCCCCAAAGACAAGAUCCGCCCCGGCGCCGACCUCUCCCACGAGAACGGCAGCCGCUUUUCCGCCUUGUUCCAAUCAUCGUCCUCCUCCCGCCUCAGCUUGUCCCCCAGCUCCGUGGCCUCGUCCUCGUCCUCUUCCCUUGCGACGCCCGCCUUCGACCGCAUCAUCAUCCCCCCGAAUGGCGCGCCCGUCGGCAAAAUCGACCGCCACGCCCGCCGCCCGUAUAAGACCUGCCGCAAGCUCACGUUUAAUAAGCGCUUUACCGACUACGACCUCGCUGCGUUGCUGCUUGCGCUCCAAGAAUACGCUCCCGACUACGCGCUCCUCUCGCGUCAGUGCUACUGGUAUGCGACCGUGAUCUACGAUUUCUUCCGCGAGCGCCUCAUCGGCCUUGGCAACGAGGACGGCGAGGAGGUCAAGUACAAUGUCGACAACCUCAAGGACGAGCGUGGGCGCUUCCUCACUAUCUUCACCAUCCAGCCCCCUGAGCCGCCGCUGGGCAAGAUUAAGUCUGAGUUCGAGAAGCAACUUGCCGCGCUGUUGGACGAGAGGGCCCGGGAGGAUCACCCCGCCGCCAAGUGGGUGAGGUCGCAGGAGGAGACGCGAGCGGCCAUUGCAAAGGCGGAGGAGGAGGCAGCGGCGAGGGAGAGGGCGGAAGCCGCCGCAAAGGAAGAGGCAGCAGCGAGGGUGGAGGCCGAAGCGACGGCGAAGGCAGCGGAAGCGGCGGUGGAGGCGGCGGAAGCGGCGGCGACGGCAGCGGCAGCAGCAGCGAAGGCAGCCGACGCAAGGGCGGCGGCGGCAGAGGCGGCGGCAGAGGCGGAGGCGGCGGCAAGGGCUCUGCUGGACGAUGAGGUUGCCCUUCUCCGGCAGCAGCUCGCGGCCCUGAACCAUGCUGGCCUGUCCCCGGCUGCGUAAUAUCAUACCAAGUAUAUCAUCUAUCGUCCACUGAUCGUCAAGUCUGCUCUCAUAUGCUCUGAUCGUUGUUGUCCAUGUACAUCCCAGCACUCUCACAUUCGGCUAUCUAUACCACUUGCAUUGUCCAUUCAUGCUCGAGUU